CGGGAGGUAGAGAUCCUCAUGUUCCUCAGUGCCAUUGUGAUGAUGAAGAACCGACGCUCCAUCACUGUGGAGCAGCACAUAGGGAACAUCUUCAUGUUCAGCAAAGUGGCAAAUGCCAUCCUCUUCUUCCGCCUCGACAUCCGCAUGGGCCUGCUCUACCUCACGCUCUGCAUAGUGUUCCUGAUGACCUGCAAGCCUCCCCUCUACAUGGGCCCCGAGUACAUCAAGUAUUUCAGUGACAAGACCAUAGAUGAGGAGCUGGACCGGGACAAGCGGGUAACCUGGAUCGUUGAGUUCUUUGCCAACUGGUCCAGCGAGUGCCAGUCCUUCGCCCCCAUCUUUGCUGACCUCUCUCUUAAGUACAACUGCUCGGGGCUGCACUUCGGGAAGGUGGAUGUUGGCCGGUACACGGAUGUCAGCACCAG